GAGAGUGAGAGAAGGCGCGUGGGAAAGAGGAGUAGUGGAGCCCAGCACCCAUGUGCCCUCCUCCUGUCUCCACCAGCUGCUGCCGCUCAAUCAUUAGAGGGCUGUUCCCCUCCUUCCUUCCUUGCUUUCUUGCCUCUUUCAUCAACGCUUUCAUUCAAACACACUCACUCACUGUAAUCUCAUCUUCUCAUUCUCAUUCCCACUCUCAAAAUCAAUACAAUAACACACACACGCACAUAUGUCAACCUCUGACGGCACCACUAACGGCGUCUCUAACGCCUCAAUCAUUGACCCGCAACGCCAGCAGCCCCAGGCGUUGGCCGUCAAGAAGCCACCGUCCAAGGACCGCCACAGCAAGGUCGACGGACGCGGCCGCCGCAUACGAAUGCCCAUCAUCUGCGCCGCCAGAGUCUUCCAGCUAACGCGGGAGCUGGGUCACAAGUCAGACGGCCAGACCAUCGAGUGGCUCCUGCGCCAGGCCGAGCCUUCCAUCAUCGCCGCCACCGGCACAGGCACCACGCCCGCCAGCUUCUCUUCCGUCUCCCUCUCCGUACGCGCCGCCAACUCCGCGUCUCUCUCCUCGCCUUCCUCCGCCUCCGACCACAAGCCGCAGCUCCUCGCUCCCACGCCCUUCAUCCUCGGCAAGCGUAUACGCACCGACGAUGACACUUCCAAGGACGACGCCGUUUCCGUGGGCCCCUCCCUCGUGGGCCCCUCUACCCCGCCCGGACUGUGGGCCCUCCCUGCUCGCCCCGAUUUCGGACAAAUUUGGAGCUUCGCCGCCGCUCCAGAAAUGGUCGUGCAGCCCGCCGCCGUGUCGGUGUCGCAACAGCAGGCGUCGCUCUUUGCUCAUCACCAACGUCAGCAGCAGCAGGCCAUCGGAGAAGCGUCGGCGGCUAGGGUGGGGAAUUACCUUCCGGGACAUCUGAAUUUGCUGGCUUCGUUGUCCGGCGGACCUGGGAAUUCUGGUCGGAGGGAUGGCGAGCAUCGUUGAUUGGGUAACGAUGGUGGUGGAGGAAGGUGGUGGUGUUUUUUUGGUAUAUAUAUAUAUAUAUAUAUAAUCUCGUGUUGUGGCUGUUGCUUUGUUGUGUGUGGUGAAGCAGGAGAUUCUUAGGGUUAGGUUUUUUUUUCUUAGUUUUGAGUGGAGAAGUCCAUCGAUUAAGAAAUUAUUCAAUUAGGGUUUUAUUUUAGUUCCUGCUUCUGGUUUGGAAAAUUAACUAGGUGCUAAGAAAGUUGGAUAAUUGUUUUAGAUUCUGGGGCUUUUUGUUGGAGGAGAAUGUGAUGAAGUGAUAACAUACUGUGUGGAAUUGUGAUGCUGAAAUGUUGAAGCUUGUCGGUGUAGAAGUGGGGUUGAAUUUGUGAUGUUGUUGUGGUGGUAGAAGAAAAUGGUUGCUUCUGUUUCACUUGCGUAGUGGGUUUUGAGUUUUGACUGACCGGGUCUACAAGUUUGGUGGUGGUGGUUGCAGUUGAGGUAAUUCUUAGUGCUUGGAAGCUUGUUUCUGAGGUGAGUGGAUUGUGUUUCCCAAAUUCAACCGUCACUCCCAGAUUGUUGGAGCGUCCUACUUUACAUUCCGACAUGGGUUGAGAAUGAGAAUUCAUGCCUCUUGGCUGGUCUUGGGGCAUGUUUUGAGGUUAGUUUAAGGUGGUAAUGUUGUGAAAUUGGUGCAGCUGUUGUUGGUGAGUUAUGCUCUGUCUCAAUCUCCUCUACUUUCACGCCCCUUGAUUGUCUUUGUUGUUUUCAGAGGUGACUGGUGUGUGAAAGAUAAAAGAAGAAGAAAAAAGCUCUGGUUGUACUCCGUAUGACUACUGUUUUGAGAUUUUUUUUAUCUUCAAUUCUUAGCCAUUUCUUAGAUUGAUCAGCGUGAGAAUAAUGUUUUCUUGUAUGUAAGUGGAUUGUUUUGGGGGUGCCAGUGAUGUGAAUAAAAGCCCAUCUGUUUCUUUCUUUACCUCUUUCCUUCACUUGUCACUUUAUUUGUUUCCAUGUAUUCAGCAACUCGUUUUGUUGCAUGACGUUUCAAUUUUGAAUCCGUAUUUGUUUCA